GUGUGUGGUUCCGUCCUCUCCUGUGGGAAUCACACCUGUGAGGUCGUGUGUCAUGAUGGAGUUUGUCCUCCGUGUCCUCGCUCCGUCAGCAGAUCCUGUCCCUGUGGAAAGUCGUCUCUGCCGUGCACAGAGGAAGUGUUGUUGUGCGGCGACACAUGCGACCGCCGCCUGUCGUGUGGAAAACACACCUGUUCGAUGAGAUGUCACCGAGGGAGCUGCGAGACCUGCAGACAGGAGGUGGAGAAGGAGUGCAGGUGUGGUAAAUACAGGAAGUUGAUGCCGUGUCAUAGAGAAUACCUGUGUGACUCCAAAUGUCCUAAAACCAGGAGCUGCCAGAGACACCAGUGCAGGAGGAAGUGUUGCCCCGGUAACUGCCCCCCCUGUGACCAGAGCUGCGGUCGAACUCUGGGCUGUCGAAACCACAAGUGUCCGUCCGUCUGUCACCAAGGUAGCUGCUACCCCUGUCCAGAGUCCGUGGAGGUCCGGUGUUCCUGUGGCUCCACCGUCCUGUCUGUGCCCUGUGGUCGAGAGAGGAGCACCAGACCGCCCCGCUGCAAAGAGCCCUGCAGGCGUCCUCCGUCCUGCCACCACCCGACCAGAGAGGCCCACCGCUGCCACCCGGGCCCCUGCCCCCCCUGCAGACAGACCUGCCUGCUGCCGCUGCCCGGCUGCAGCCACACCUGUCCUCAGUCCUGCCACGACCUGGUGCUGGUCAAGUCUCAGCAGGUUCAGUUAGCAGGACCGUGGGAGCAGCCGACUGAACCAGCGUUUGUGAAGAAAGCUCUGCCCUGUCCACCAUGUCAGGUUCCCAUACCGAC